AUGUUAUCAAUAGAAUCUGACCGUAUGAAGAUUCGUGAAUUGCUUUGCAGUCAAAGCAAAGAUGAUGAUAUAGAAGUUUCUAAAUAUUCCAACAACAACAACAACAACAAUGUUUCACAUUUUAAUACCAUAAAAAUACCACUUAACAAAUCAACAUCAUCAAUGAGUGAUCUUAUCGAUGUAUCUCUAAACCAUUCCAUUGCAUAUAAAUCAAAUUCUUCACCAAUCCAACAUACAAACUCUAGUUCACCACAACAUUCACAUCCAAAUUCACCAACACAAUCAAGAAAAUUCUAUCACCAUGAUGACUCUGAUUUCACUAUUUUGGCAAAUAACUUUUUUAAUAAUCCAACAUUAAAUAAGAGUAGUAGCAGUCUGGAGCUAUUACCCAUCCCGCCACCAUCUUCAACAACAUCUUCUUCUUUUUCUUCUUCUAACAAUAAACCACAUUCACCAUUAAUAGCUCAACAGCCAAACAACAAUUCCAUAUCUUUACCUUCUACUCCACUAAAACAACAACCAAUAUCCUUAACAUCUUCUGGAAAUAGUAUCAAUAACAAUAACAACAACAACAACAAUAAUAAUAAUAAAUUAAAUAAGCAUCAAAUGAUAAUGAGACUUACCUCUACAUCAUCUCCAAUUGAAACCUUGGUACAUAGCAUCAGGGAAUCCAGUUCCAGUGAAUACGAUCAAGACUCUGAUGACGAGCAAACCCUCCACUACAAAUCCAUUUCCAACCAAGCACUCUUGAAAUACAAUGAAAUCCCAGUGACUUCUCGUAAGCUUUGGUCUCAGGAGGAAUGUUGUCAUCUUCUAGAGCUUGUACUUCAGCUGGAUCCACAAUCUUUUAAAUCAAAAGAAUCUGAAAAUCGAUGGCGAAUCAUUGCUAACGAGCUAGGACGUACUGUCACAUCUACAAGAAAGAAAUACAUGAGACUCAUGAAUAAAUGGACAUCUAGUUCCUCCACUUCUUCUUCGUCUUCUUCGUCUUCGUCGUCCAGUUCCUCGUCAAACGCCAACGCCAACCAUUCAUCGCCAAACACUCACUCUAUCAAUCAGAGUCCAGAGAAAACAAUUUUAACGUCUUCACCAACCAUGGAUGAAAAAAAAAUGCGAAGAGACUACGAUUCCUAUUCUCAUCAACUUCAACACCAACCAUACCCAUCUCAUUCACCAAUGAGGAGAGAAUCGAAAAUCGAGAUCAUCAGAGGUAACCCAUCGCCAGUUGUUUCGAACAACCAGUAUGACCCUUCCUCGAGAUCACCACUUGCAACAUUUACUCCAAUUUCACCUUCAACCACAAAUUUACAUUAA